AUGUUCCGUUUCCCUGCUUCGCCGGCCUCGUCGGUGGUCGCCGCAUCCACCGCGCGGCGUCCCGAGAAUGUGCCGUGGUCAUAUUGCACGGCGCAUGCUGCAUCGCGGCAGACAGCGAGCUCAGGGCCAGAGGUGCCAACUGUGACGGAGACGUUUGGGUCUGCGGCUGUUCUUGCCUCGGCUGUGGACGCGCUGAUCCAGCUUGCUGAGACGGUACAAGAUAUAAUCGUGCAGAGGAGGAGCUUUGAAGACGUUACCGAGGCCCACUACGACACGAUUAUAAGGUUCGGCCAGAUUACGGAGCAAGUCGACGUAUAUCACCCUGUGUGGGCAGAUUUGGUCGAGUACUAUCCUGAGUUGUGGACUGCUUUUUCGGACGUCGCGGAAGAGCCUGCCACUGGGUCAGGAGCUCGCUGGAGGCCGAAAGCCGCAGCAAAGGAAGCCGGGUCGGGGGGUGCUGCUUCAAGCGCACCACAGGAGGAGGAGCAGCCAGCCGAGGAAGCGUCAGGCGCGCCCGCCGAGGGUGCAGCCCCUGGCGCACCGGCGCAGCCGCCCACACCUCCGAAGGCGCCGGCUCUUGGAAUAAGGGGACCCACGUGGGACCUUUAUUACAGGGGCCGGAGCGACCCACUGAGGCAGAGGAGGGUGCCAGCAGAGCCAGAACAGAUCAUUGAAGACACUGGCGCGAGAGCAUCAUCCGAGCCACCGGCUGCCGAGGGCGAGGUGGAUCUGUCCAGAGCUGGCGGGAAUCCGGUAGAAGAUUCCCUGCGAUCUGCCAGGCGCGUCCGCACCCCGCCGGCGCGGCGAGCGCAAGAGGAGGCACGCCUGGAGGAGCUUAGGCUCCGCGGCUCGGUGUUUGCCUCUUUUAGGGACGCCGAAGACGCGGAGCCUGAGCAGGCAGCCGGCGAGCAGGAGACCGAGGAGGUAGAGGUAGAGGUCGAGGUUGCCCAAGGUGACGACCGGGGUGCUGCCGAAGGCGCACCAGACGACGAGCCAGCAACCGAAGGCCGACAGGCAGAAGGCGCCGAGGAGGAAGAGGCAGCAGAGGAAGACGAGGCAAUAGACGUGCACCCUGCCUCGGAGGCAACAGUUUCUCCAGCCACCUCGGGCCGCAGCCCCAACGCGAGAGAUCCGUGUGAAUCUUGGCAGGGGGUGCAGCGCACCGCGCACCAAGGGGACGCAGAAGAAGCCCUAAGUGCACCCGAUCCGUUUGAUCUGCCAGACGACGCGUGGAUCGAUCCCAGCUCCUACUUCUAA